CAUGCGCAGAUGCAUCAAAGUAAUUUGUUGAUAUCCUGCUUGGUAGUAUUCAUUUAGACUUUGCUAUUUCAAAGGCAACAUUUGUCCCCAGCGUUGGGGUUUUCUUUGCACUGGGCAGCGCAGUUACCGAGGACGUUAUCUAUAUGAAGGGCUGAUGGAAGACACAAGGGAUUUGGCGGAACGCACCCCACGUUCAGAGCGUAAGCGGAGAGACUCCUUCGGGAUGUUUGAUGGCUACGACAGCUGCAGCGAGGAGUCCACCAGCAGCUCCAGCUCCGAAGACAGCGAGGACGAGGUGGUGCCGUCCAUCCCUGCAAGCCUGCCCAUCAUCAAGAACAAUGGGCAGGUCUACACGUACCCUGACGGCAAGGCUGGAAUGGCCACUUGUGAGAUGUGCGGGAUGGUCGGAGUGCGAGAUGCCUUUUACUCAAAAACGAAGCGCUUUUGCAGUGUGUCGUGUUCCCGGAGUUAUUCCUCAAAUUCCAAAAAAGCCAGCAUCUUGGCAAGACUCCAGGGCAAACCACCAACGAAAAAGGCCAAAGUCUUACAGAAACAGCCUCUCAUGGCUAAGUUGGCUGCUUAUGCUCAGUACCAAGCAAGUCAGCAGAACCAGCCCAAGUCCAAAGCUGUGGUCCCUGCAGAGAGCUUCGACUGGGGUCGGUAUAUCUGUAGCAAUAACACGACCGGAGCUCCAGUCAGCUGUUUCAAGCACGCCCCUAUGGGGACCUGCUGGGGAGACAUAGAAGAAGGAGUGAGGAUUGAAGUGACCAACUCUGAUACCAACCUCUCCACUAAGGUGUACUGGAUAGCAGAGAUCAUCAAGCUAGCUGGGUUCAAGGCUCUCCUGCGCUACGAGGGCUUUGACAACGACACCACCAAGGACUUCUGGUGCGAUCUCUGCGUCCCCGAAGUGCACCCGGUGGGGUGGUGCGCCUCCAGCGGCAAACCCCUCGUACCUCCAAAAAGCAUACAGCAUAAGUACUCUAACUGGAAAGCCUUUCUUGUGAAGCGUCUCACUGGAGCUAAAACCCUGCCACCUGACUUUAAUGCCAAGGUACACGAGAACAUGCAGUUCCCCUUCAAGAAGCUGAUGCGGGUAGAGGUGGUGGACAAGAACUACCUGUGCCGGACACGGGUGGCGCUGGUAGAGCAGGUCAUCGGAGGUCGCCUCAGGCUGGUGUACGAGGAGAGCCAGGACGGGUCGGACGAUUUCUGGUGCCACAUGUACAGCCCCCUCAUCCAUAAUAUCGGCUGGUCGCGCAGCAUCGGCCACCGCUUCAAAAGAUCUGAUAUUACAAAGAAAAUUGAAGGUCAAGCUGAUGCUCCCGCACCGUUCUUCCAGAAGGUGAAGGAUGUGGACCAGAAUGGGGAUUGGUUCAAAGAUGGGAUGAAGCUAGAAGCCAUCGACCCUCUCAACCUCUCAGCUAUAUGUGUAGCCACUGUAAGAAAGGUGUUGGCAGACGGGUACCUCAUGAUUGGGAUCGAUGGUUCGGAGGCAGUGGAUGGAUCAGACUGGUUCUGCUACCACGGCACGUCGCCCUCCAUCUACCCUGUCGGCUUCUGUGAAAUCAACGAGAUAGAACUCACGCCCCCUCGAGGGUACACUAAACUGCCAUUUAAAUGGUUUGACUACCUCAGAGAAACAGGUUCAAUAGCUGCUCCUGUCAAGCUCUUUAACAAGGAGGUUCCCAAUCACGGUUUCCGUCAAGGCAUGAAGCUGGAGGCCGUUGAUCUGAUGGAGCCGCGGCUGGUGUGUGUUGCCACGGUGACGAGGAUUGUGCACCGGCUACUGAGGAUCCACUUUGACGGCUGGGAGGACGAAUAUGACCAAUGGGUGGACUGCGAGUCCCCUGACCUCUACCCUGUGGGCUGGUGCCAGCUCACGGGCUACCAGCUACAACCCCCGGCCUCACAGAGUAACAGAGAAAUGCCUCAAUCUGUACCCAAGCAGAAGAAAAAGGCCCAGCAGUACAAAGGCCAAAAGAAAAAUUUGAGCCCCCGUGUGUGUCAUAAGACCCCCGCUAGCUUACCCGAGUGUGGCUUGAUGUUUUUAGAGAGGAAGCUUCCGGUUGGUCGGCGGCCCUUCAGUCAGGCAGGCAGGAGGAGGAGCAGCUUCUCCGGGGACGAGGAGCAGAGUCCACCCCCUUACCCCGCCCAGGGGCCCUCCCGGCCCCGGCCCCGCACCCACCUCCACCAAACCCACAAAUCAGACUCCCUUCUGCGGAUGAAGGAGGAAUCGGCCGAAGUGGACGAGUUCACCUUCUCGCAGGGCACCUCGGACCAGGAGAGCAACGGCUCGGGCAGCUACUACAUCAAACAGGAGCCCUGAUGUCGGGACGGAGCGGGACAAAAAGACCGUACCCUAUCGCCCCCCCCCUUCCCCUCCCCCGAGGGAGAAUAAAUCCUACCCCUGCAAGGACCAGGAAGACGGAGUCAAACUAGCUCAGAAUCACAGUCAGACCUUCUUUGGAGCACAGUUCUGAGGAUGACGAUAUUCCACGAGAAUAGGGGGGGGGGGGUCAAACCUCUGCAAAAAAAACAAAUGUCUCGAAGGGCUCACCCCUCUCUGUAAACCUUGUAGCUGUGCACGUAACCCGGGUCACACGUGUUUGGGCAUUCGCUCUCAUCACACUCCUGGGAUGAUGCAACGUGGUUCUCCCCCGUCCCAGGCAGCCAAUCACACGCGAGCUAUUAGGAUGGAGGGAGAACGACGUCCUCUCUCUCCGGACGCAUGGGAGCCCUGCCGGUCGCCACCAGCCCCCCCACCCCCCCACCACCGCAACGUAGGCGGCGCACAGAGACCUGUAGAAACUGUGAGGAACCGUUUAUUGAGCCAGGUCUUUUGCUUCCUUGUUGUUUUUUGUUGUGUUGUUGUUCUCAGUACAGCCACUGAGCAGAGAGGAACACAGCCGAGGAGAGACGUUAUUUUCUUCUGAACAAUAUUGCUAGCUGGACUUCUACUUUGUUAAUAGUACUUGAAAUUUUGUUUUUCUCUUUUGUAUUGAUUUGAGUUGUGUUUGUCUUAACGUACUUAUUUUGCAUUUUCUGUUUGUCUAGUGGCUGUGUGGGAAACUUGAUGUGCAUUGUUUUCAUACGGUGAUUAUAUUCAUACAGUAUGUGGAGAGCUAUUGAAAUAGAAAUCAGAGUAUAGAGAUAAAGGAUUGUGAUGGGAAGAGCGAUCUCAGUGCAGCACUGCUCAGCAUUACUGAUACUGGUCUUAUUUUUGGAAAUGGGAUUUCGUUUCCUUCGAUCUUUACGCGACGAUUUCCACAACUACAAUCAUUUCCGAUCUUCGUUACAGAACAAAAGAAAUCCCAUUAAAGUUUAGCUGUAUUGCUCUUAUUGUGAGAGUUUCUCAGACAGCGUUUCACGCGUUUCCAUGGCAACACAAAUGCCCUGUUGGAGUGUAUUUGAAUGGACACCAGCAGUAGAUUCCUGUGGAUGGCGUGCACAGUGCACAGUCUUGGGGGUCUUUGAAGGCAUCACGUGGGGUUUUCGUAGGGACCUGUCGCAGUACCACUACUCCCACCUCCAGCUUCAGUCGUGCUAAAGAGCCCCGAGGGCGGUUGAGCUCAUAUUCUGUAAUGUGGAACUGAAAUGACGACGCUGUGGAGAUGGAAAGCUGUCGCUUCAGGAGCAGCUGAUGAGGAGCGGGAGCGUAACGUGUGGCUGCAGGGUCUGUAGUACAAGAGAAACCUUACUGGUACGACGGGGCUCACGCUGACAUGUUGCGCACCCCAGCAUGGGGAGAGACUGUGCGCGUGUCACUGGCAUGGGGUCAAAGGUCGCUUGGUGACGGGCUGGGGGGGGCACAUCGCUCGGGGUCUGUUGGAUUCCCCCCCCCCCCCCCACACACACACACACACACGGAGUCUGGACCGUUAUUCUCAAUAACUCCACUUUCAAAAACUACAGUGGAAAAAGUAACAUUAAAUUCAUAUUGCUACUUCUGUCUAAUUAUGUCAAUUACGAAUUCCCUCCGUCUAAAUUGAAUUAACGUCCCCCAUAGUGCCUUUCUCUACAGGAGCUCUAGAUGUGAUGAUAAUUAUUGUAUUUGCCCUCUAAUGAUAUUUACAGUUGAGUGAGAUCAAAAUGACUCAUUUCUUCCCCGUGUUGGUUGUUGUGCAGAGAAGCAGUCCAGACUCCUGGAAAUAAGACAAGAAAGGAAUAUUUGAAUGGGGUAAUAUGCAAAGCUUUAGGUGUUUUUGUUGUUUUGAUCGCUCGGGUCGUCCUCAUGUCAGAGCCAUAUGUAUGCAAGCUAGCUUAUGAUUCACCUGAGCCACACAAUGAGAGGGUUGCUAUUAAUACUGAAACACGAACAAUGCACUGCUUUUCUCUGAGGGCAGCACUCGCGUAACACGACAGGAUCUCACCGCCACACAAACACAGAUUCUAUAUAUAAAUAUGUAUUCUCCAGACUACGAUGGUAUCAACUUUCAAACCCUGAUAUGUCCAAAACCCAUUGCUCGUCCGUGGAGAGCUCGAACUGUUUACUACCUCCUGAUGCUCAAACUACAGCGUGAAAUAGACUCUGGCCGCGUGUUAGCGUAUGCAAAUGAGAGCGAUUUACCCAGAGAAGUGAUCUGCUUGAAGACUACACACCAAACAUUGCAGAAUGGUAUCACAGCAGUCUUCUAAUUUGAAUGAUAUGCAAUAAGAACAGAUCCCAUAUUGUUCUGCUAUGUUCCAUAAAUCUUAGAGCGCCCGCAAACGUCAUGAUUACUACAUGAAUAUAAUUAACAGAUGAUUUAACAAGAUUAUAUUGUAUAACUGUGACUUUUGUGACGCUGUACGGCUGAAGGCCGCAUGCAAACGCAGACCGUACCCAUCCUUUCUCUUUCUACCAGUAAGGUUCAUGAUUAGAUUCUCAGGAAGUUUGUGUUCCGUUUGUCUUUUCCCUUUUGUUUGGUGUUUGUGGUCGGAAUCGGCUGGCUCGCCGCGUUGGACACGCAACCGCUCUGUCGCAGAGCGCCUCCAAUGUAAACGCCACUGAUUCCGCGGCAGCGGCUUGAAAUGAGGCCCCGGCUAAAUUCGGAAUCCGAGAAUCAGAGAAUUGUCAUGCUGAGGCGUUCGGUGGCGUUUAGAUUCCAGGCGUUGUGCGUCUUUGGACGUUGUAAUGAUUCAGUGAUCCUCAUUUGCUUCCACGCUGUUCCAACAACGAGGGCUCGUCCCACGAGCUUUUCAAUCCGUCUUCAUGUUAAAUUUGACUUUUGAUUCGUCGCCGGGACGUGAGAUGUGUUUCUCUUCCAGUUUCCUUUUGGGCACAAAGCUUCUCAGACCAAACCAGCAAUAAAAGACUAAGUCAAUCAUUUGGAGCAGAUCUGGUUUCACCGUUAAGAUCUGUCACCUCUGAAGCAUUAAAGUACGUUGUGACCCAACAUCUUAGUACAUAAAAAGGAAAUAAAAGACUGUUGUAUUGACUAGUUGCUGCUACCUUCCUCUAGAUUAAUCCUAAAUACUUAAACGCACAAUCAACACUGUUUUGGGUCUUCUGCUUCUCGCUCCUUGUAGAUGCUUUCUUGUUUUACCUGGAGGCCCCGGGCUGAAGGGAGGAGGAGGCCGGUGGCGCUCCCUCUGUGUGUAGCGGUGUCGUGUGUGGGUGGAGGCGGAGGCGGCGGCGCUCCUCUCUGCAUGUAGAACAGAGCGCGUUGUGCUGAUGUCGUGCUGAGCUCGUUUCUUCGUUCUUUCGUUGUAAGCGUCUGUGUUUCUUUCCCUUUUCUCCCGCUGUGAUCAGUAAAUGUAUGGUUGCCCAUAUCUGCCAAGAAAAGAAAAGUAAAAGUGGGCCGGGAUCCAAUCCAGAUUAAAAGUAAAGGUAUAUUGAUUCAAUAUUUUUGUCUGACUCAGGAAAAAUUAUAAAAAAUGCGUCCGUUGAAAUAAAAAGUGUGACUUUUUAAUUUUUUACUUCUCAUAAUUUUGGCUCAGUGAAUCAAUUUUGAUGUAUUUAAUAAUAAUCAAUCAAUAAUGAAAUAUGAAUAAUCUAUAAUUGUGUCCAAAUCCAAAUCUCUCUUUCUGGCAGCACUGGGCUUCCAUAGCAGGACGUCGUGUGGUUGAUGGUUAUUGCUCAACUGGUUCUGCCAAAUGUGGGCGGAGCUGGAUGUCUUUGUUUUGUUUUUCUUGGAUACUAACACGGGUCUUUUGUAUGUGAUCCCCCCCCCCCAUCCAUUAUAUUGAACCAUUAUAUUGUGGUGCUAUAUAUAUAUAUAUAUAUUUGAUAAAAAUGACUUAAUGUAUUGGGAUUACUAUUGUCUGAAAAUAAUUGUGAGUUGAGAGGGUUAUUGUGAAAAAUCUAUUUUUGGAUACAAAUUAAAAAAAAAAAAAUUUAUGUUAAUUAUAAAUCUAUUGAUAUUAACACCAACCGCUGAGGUACAUUAUUAGAUUACAAUUUAAAGUUUGUACAUCUUUUUGAUAGUGUAUACCAUUUUCCUUUCAUAUGGUAAAUUUGUGCUGUGACCGGGCUUUGAUAGACUUUGUAAAUAAAGCCAAAUGUUUGGAUCAUAAUAUUGGUUGUGAUGGAUGGCUUCUUUGUUUACAAGCAUUGCAAACUGUUUCCGCAUGGCUGUGAAAGUUUAUCUGGUGAUUUUUGUAAGAUCUGACUUUUACACUGAAUAAAAAGGCUUAUGACUACAAACA